GUACGGAUUUUGUAAAGAAACUGUACAAGUAAGAUUACAACACUUGGAUUUUUUAUACUUGCAUUUUAUUUGUUGGGGAGUUAACGGGAAUAGUUUUGUUGUCAAGGAAAUCGACUCAUUUACUAAAACAAUUCUUCCUCGACAUUUCAAACAUUCUAAUUUCGCAAGUUUUGUAAGGCAACUUAAUAAAUAUGAUUUUCAUAAAAUUAGGAAUUCUGAUGAAUCAAUUUCUCCAUAUGGUGAACAGGCUUGGGAAUUCCAUCAUCCAGAAUUUCAAUGUAAUAAAAAAGAUCAAUUGGAUAACAUUAAAAGAAAAGUCACCAACAAUAGGAAAAAUCAAAAUUUAAAUAAUAACACUAUAACAGAUGUCUCUUCACAAAACGUUCAACUUUCAGAGCUUCAAUCUCGAAUAAAUAAUUUAACCAAAUUGCAAUAUACCAUGAAUGAACAUCUGACAACUUUAAACAAAAAUUAUCAUAACGUUGUUCAAGAUUUAUUAAACUUUCAAAAAAGUAUGAUUGCUCAAGAUCAAUUAAUGCAUAGUUUAAUACAAUAUGUGGUUAAUUCGGAAGCAGAAAAAUCAUCUGGUGGUCAUCCUUUCAACAACCUUCAAGGAUUAAUUGAUUCAUAUACUGAAGUUACGAAAGCUUCUAUGGAUCAAAUGAAUGAAAUUUCCAAACGUGCUCAAUUACUACAAAACAUGGCAAAUAAUAUCAUUAAUGAAACUGCUGCUAAUAAUAAUCCUACUUCAGAUUUUCAACAACAGCAAUUUAAUUCAUCGGUUGAUUAUGGUCAUCAUCAAUCAUCAUCACACCCAAUAGAAUCUAACAACGCUAGUAAUCUUAGUAUCAGUGAAAACCCCAACAAUGAUUUAUUUAACAACAACUCUGUUAAUAAUGAUAUAGGUGAUUAUUCUUCUGCUUCUUCUUCAAAUAAUAAUUCACAUUUUGAGAAAAUGGUUUUUAACGGUUCAACAAUUUUCACUUUAGCCUCUUCAUCUUCCGCAUUAUCGAACAAUAGUUUAACAAAAGUAACAUCAACAAACAAUUUUAUGACAACAUCACGUGUUAUUGAAAACAGAAAAACAAAUGAUACAUUGCAUGUUAUGCGAAGUACUCUUGUGCCUUCUUGGUCAGUUCCACCAAAAGUUUUAUUGGUUGAUGACGAUGCUGUUUAUCAAAACAUUGGGUCGAAACUUUUACAAAUUUUUGGUUGUUCCUUCGAUAUUGCUGUGGAUGGGUUAAGUGCUGUUCGUAAAAUGAAUUUUGCAAAAUACGAUCUCGUGUUAAUGGAUAUUGUAUUACCUAAUUUAGAUGGUGUUGAGGCGACUACUCAAAUAAGAAGAUUUGACAUUACUACACCAAUUAUUAGUAUGACAUCUAAUAUAGCGGCUGAUGAGUGUUUCAAGUAUUUGUCUCAUGGGAUGAAUGACAUUUUAGCAAAGCCAUUUACAAAAGCUAAUUUACUCUCAAUGUUGGAAAGACAUUGUAAACAUCUUAAAGCCAUUAAAACUUUUCAAAAUAUUCCUAGAUCUAUGGUUAUUGAAAAUAAUAAUAAUU